CGACGGUAAAGACCGAUGUGGGGAGAAGCCUUGGGAGCUAGAGUGGGAAAUGUAAAUUGGACGUUCUACAACCGACAGUCCCUGCCCAGCCAGAGUAGAAGAAGGAUGUACAUGUGCCCGGAACCGCUCAGGUCGGCGGUCGAGAGGUAUUUCUCAGUGACCGACACCUCCUGCAAAGUGACGAUAUGCGAGUCAGUAUCAGUCGUGACGGAGGAGAACAACUAUGCGAGCGAUAUGGCCAGGGUCAUCAUCAAGGUGACCACGCCUCACAUGAAGAAGACCCUGUCGAUUAUAGUCAAAGAGUCAACUCUUGACCGCAUGGUUACAGAGGCCAUACAAGAAAGCGUAGAUUUUUCGACAGAAGUAAAGAUAUAUCGUGAUGUUUUUCCCGCUAUGGAAAACCUCUUACUGGAAUACGGCAACAACGACGAACCACUCUGGCCCCACUGUCUCGGACAGCUUGACGAUACGAAAAUCGUCCUGCAGGAUCUGAAGGAAUUAGGAUACAAAAUUAUCGACAGGCAGAAAGGGAUGGACUACGAACACGCUUCGAUGACGAUGGGGGCUUUGGCGAAAUUCCACGCCUUGUCUGUCGCCCUCGUCCAGAGAGGGCUCAUCUCGCCGGACGGCUACUCAAAAUUCGUUUUCGGAGGGGAUUUCGACGUGAUGAACGAACACCUGAGAUCAAACUUUGAAACGCUGCACAGAGCCAUCAGCACGACAUGGUCCUGCGAAUGGAGCGAUAUUAUCGAGAGGCUUGGAAAGCUCCCUAAGAAGGCAGUCAAUAUUUUGAGAGAAUGUCGUAAAAAAGGAAAAUUCAACGUACUCAAUCACGGAGAUCCAUGGGUUAACAACAUCAUGUUUCGUUAUCCGAAAGGAAGCACCGAACCGGAAUCUAUUAGAUUCGUCGAUUUCCAACUGUCGCACUACGACUCCUACGCUUUUGACCUUCACUAUUUCAUGAGCACGUCCAUCGCGCCCGAUAUUCUUCCGUCAGCAGACAGGCUUCUUUUAGAAUACACCGAGACUCUCGCGGCCUCUUUGCGGUUCUUCGGUAUCAACGACUCGCCCACGUACGCCGACGUACUCGUCGAGAUGAAGCGGACCGAAUUCUUCGGCCUCGUCGCAGCCGUCACGGUCGCCCCAGUCGUCACCGCUCCGCCAGAACUUGCACCUCCGAAAAUUGCCAACGCUAAGGACAUGCCACUUGAGGAAAUCGAAAGGAGAAAGCUCGCCAGGUAUCAGACUCCUUCUUACAGUAGAAGAAUUGAAAUACUGCUCCGGCGAGCUCAACACGGUGGACUUUUUGAUAAAAUCUGUGACUAACUUGAAUCUAAGCUAUUUUUUAUCGAAUAACUAUAUCACAAUUUGUAUAUACACAUACUUGUAAAUUAUAUUAUAUUUUUAUUAUAACUUGUAAAUAAAUAUAUUUUAUAUACUGUUAA